GCACCGCGAUUGCUCCUCCGCUCGCCGUCCUCGCCAUCAUCCGCGUCAGAGUGCGCCCAAUUGAGCAUCAGCAGCGGUAGCCCUCAGCGUUGCUCAUCGACGCGCUAACUCACAGUUGUACCCCCUAAUUGACAUAAAAAAAAAUGGGGCCAAAUCAAGUUAUGGUAGCUGGGUGGUAUAGGUGUAGUUUUGGUUUUCUUCCCCUGAUGGCUCAGAUGAUCCGAGCAAUCGUCGUCAUGAGGUUUUGGGAUUUUCUUUAGGGGUGUUUGGGGUGCCGAGUUGGUGGAAGUAUUGUGUCGGUGACAGAUUUUUAGGCUCGAUCUUCGGUAACUAGAAGCUGAAAGAGGGUGUGUGUCUGUCUGUCUGUGUGUGCGAUUGUGGGGCUUCGUGAGUGAGGAGGUGUGCUUGACGUUUCUUAAUUUGGUGCCAAAAGAGUGAAAAGAAGCCUGAAAGGUGGAUGUUAUGAGCUGAAAGGUGCGAUGGUGUUUUCGCCGCUUGAAGUGAUGGAGGAGGGACUUGAUUCGGUUGCUUUGGACAUGGAUCUUGCACCUUGGGAUGGACAGGUGUAUAUGGUACCCACAUCGUUCGGUCAAAUAUCCGUUACCGUUUGCGGAGAUCAAGACAAGCCUGCUCUCAUCACCUACCCGGACGUUGCACUGAAUUAUUUAUCUUGCUUUGAGGGGCUGCUCUCUUGCCCCGAAGCUGAAUCGGUGCUCUUUCACCAUUUUUGUAUUUUCCACAUUGACCCACCCGGUCACGAGUUUGGGGCACCCGAAAACGCUUCUGAGCAUUCAUCACUAUCCGCUGAUGAUUUAGCUGAUCAAGUGGCUGAAGUCUUGGAUUAUUUUGGACUGGACGAGGUCAUCGGUUUGGGAGUCACUGGUGGAGCAUAUAUCCUGAGUUUAUUCGCUUGCAAGCACGCAGAACGUGCAUUAGGGUUGAUUCUAGUAUCACCUCUUGCCCGAAGUCCAUCGUGGACUGAAUGGCUGCACAAUCAGGCUAUGAUUAGCCUCCUUUACUUCUGUGGCAUGACCGAGUUCGUCAAGCAAAGGCUUCUUCAGCGUUACUUCAGUUCGGGAGUUCGUGAUGCUGCUGCUUCUGUAGGAGGGACAUACAAGCUAGCAACUAUCCGCGGGUUCAUGGACCAAGGACGCAGUAAAUGCUUCAUGCAUUAUCUGCAAGCCAUUCAUCACAGGCGGGGCUUGACUGAGGAAUUGAAGAAAUUGAAGUGCCGAACCCUCAUACUAGUUGGUGAUCAGUCGCCCUUUCACCCGGAAGCUAUGCACAUAAGUGAAGUCAUGAAUAGACGUUACAAUGCGUUGAUUGAGGUUGAAGGAUGCGGAUCUAUAGUAACAGAGGAGCGACCGCAAUCUAUGUUGGUUCCAAUCGAGUUAUUCCUCAUGGGCUAUGCUUUCUACGAACGGUCAUUAAAAUCUGCGCUUUCUAGUCCUAGAAGUCCGUUGAGCCCACCCUGCAUGGCUCCUGAGCUCCUCUCUCCGGAGAGCCUUGGAUUGAAGCUGAAACCCAUCAAGACGCGCGUACCUGUGCAUUAGCAUGCACUACGUCAGUGUAAACAUUUGAUACAUAAUUAGGUGUUAGAUAGUCUACAACCAUUCUCUGAGCAUUAUGCUUCUUAUCAUUCAUUGCCGCCAUCAUGCACCAUUCCUGCAAUGUUAGUUACUCAAGAGCUUAGUUUUGCACAUUACGAGAACCCAAUAUGAUGUGGCCCGAACUUCCCCACUCUGCCUGAGUGAUGAGAUUUUACAAAGUGACAGCUGAUCCAAGUUUCAUUUACAUAAAAACUUUGUACAUUAGAAUUUUACCCUCCA